CCAGCGCCGCCGCCUGCGUCCGGCACUCGGCCAAGAAGCGCCCGAAGAUGAGCCAGAUCGUGAGGGCGCUGGAGGGCGACAUGUCGCUGGAGGACCUGAACGACGGGGUGCGGCCGGGGCAGAGCAGGCUGUUCGGGGAGGGGGCGGGGUCGUGCAGUUCCGACAUGAACCGGACCAAAGUGGUGGUCGUGGCGAGCCCCGAGUACAGCGGCAGGUUCGGACGGCCCUCGCCGGUCAGCAGCGACAGGCCAAUCUCCGACGAGAUGAGUCCGGCGGAGAGACAGCAGCCGCACCUCUGACCGAUUCUGUGGUUUUCUCCUUGCCGUACGUCUGGGUAGUUUGUUCAUGUGCUAUUUCUAACAUUUCGUGUUACCGAUUAGUGUUGGUGUGGAGAACCAUACAUGUCAUGUUUGGACAUAGAAAGAGCCAUUGAAAAGGUUUCUUUCUUCUGUAGACAACAGCAAUGCAUUUAUAUAAAAACAAUAAUGUACGUACUCAACUAAACUGAAAAAUAUUGUGUUGCUCUUGACAC